AUGCCAAAGGUCCACCUGCUGGACUACGUCGCGGGCAAUGUUCGCAGCUUGGUGAACGCCAUCGAGAAGGUCGGCUACGAAGUCGAAUGGAUUAGAAGACCCGAAGAUGUUCCAUCAGCAGAAAAACUGAUUCUCCCCGGUGUCGGCCACUUCGGCCACUGCCUCUCCCAACUCUCCCAAGCCGGCUUCCUCCCCGCCAUCUCCGCCCACAUCGCCUCAGGUAAGCCCUUCAUGGGCAUCUGCGUCGGCAUCCAGGCCCUCUUCGAAGGCUCCCUCGAGGACCCCGACGUCUCCGGCCUCGGCGUCGUAAAGGGCAGUCUCGACCGUUUCGACGCAUCCACCAAAUCCGUCCCGCAAAUCGGCUGGAACAGCGCAAACACGGGCGGCGCGAGCCUCUACGACCUCCGGCCCGAGUCCAAAUACUACUACGUCCACACCUACAAGUAUCCUUACGUCUGCGGCGAACUCGAGGCCCAAGGAUGGACCGUCGCGACGGGCACCUACGGCAACGAGACCUUUGUCGGCGCUCUCGCCAGGGGCAACAUCUUCGCGACGCAGUUCCACCCCGAAAAGUCCGGCGCCGCAGGCCUGCGCUGCCUCCGCGCCUUCCUCGACGGCUCCGGCGCCGCAAACCUAGCCGCCGCUACCACCGCCGGCACCACCACCACCACCACACCUUCACCCGCCGAGGCCGUCCCCUUCCAAGACGGCCUCACCCGCCGCGUAAUCGCCUGCCUCGACGUCCGCACAAACGACCAAGGCGACCUCGUCGUAACAAAAGGCGACCAAUACGACGUCCGCGAAAAGUCCGACGGCGGCGCCGUCCGCAACCUCGGCAAGCCAGUCGAGAUGGCUCGCCGCUACUACGAGCAGGGCGCAGACGAAGUCACCUUUCUCAACAUCACCAGCUUCCGCGACUGUCCCCUCGCCGACGUUCCCAUGCUCGAGAUCCUCCGUCGCACCUCGGAGACCGUCUUCGUCCCGCUCACCAUCGGCGGCGGCAUCCGCGACACGGUCGACACGGACGGGACCAAAGUCUCGGCCCUCGAGAUUGCGACAAUGUACUUCAAAUCCGGCGCCGAUAAAGUCUCCAUCGGCUCCGACGCCGUCCUCGCGGCCGAAGAAUACUACGGCGCGGGCCGCAAGUUGUUCGGCAACACAGCCAUCGAACAAAUCUCAAAAGCCUACGGUAACCAAGCCGUCGUCGUCUCCGUCGAUCCCAAGCGGGUAUACGUCCCCAACACGGACGCCACGCGCCACAACAUCAUCAAGACGUCCACCGGCCCGGGUCCCAAGGGCGAGGAAUACUGCUGGUACGCCUGCACGAUCAAGGGCGGCCGCGAGACGCGCGACAUGGACGUCGUCGAACUAUCCCAAGCCGUCGAGGCCAUGGGCGCCGGCGAGAUUCUGCUCAACUGCAUCGACAAGGACGGCACCAACAGCGGUUUUGAUCUCGAGCUCAUCUCCCAGGUGAAGGCCGCCGUCAAGAUCCCCGUCAUCGCGUCCAGCGGCGCGGGCGAGCCGGCGCACUUUGAAGAGGUGUUUGCCAAGACGACGACGGAUGCUGCGCUGGGCGCGGGCAUGUUCCACCGCGGGGAGUAUACCGUCAAGCAGGUCAAGGAUUUCUUGGCGGAGAAGGGGCUCAAGGUGAGGCAGUUUGAGGAGAGCAUUUGA